AUCAAUAGUAACCUACGCUAGUAGAUAUGCUUAAAUGUAACAAAUGCUACGAAUAGUUAUAUAAACUUUGGAUACAUAGUACAUACCCACUGUAACAGUGGAGAGAGAUCGUCAUCUAAGUUUGAUGCAACCACUAAAAUUAGCAACUACAAGAUUGAAUUAAGCCACUAACCCCCUAAUUAACAUACUUUAUGUGCAUUCUUCUUUUUUUUAGCGUAUCUUGGAUCCAAUCUUUAAUUCCUGUCCAAGUUUCACCUUCUUUCCUUUUAAGUAAAUGUUGUUCGGUAUCUUUUCUUAGUCGAGACAAUCACAACAACCAACAUCAACAGCCAACAAGUCGAAGCCGAGAACGAAAACGAGAACGAGCACAAGAACGACACCGCUAUACCGCAUGACGAAGAGUAACGGACUUCCGGUUCGUCGUACAAUAUCAGACGUAUCUACCUAGGCACCUAGACAUAUACCCAAGUACGCACACUGCAUAAUUACCUAGGUUAGACAGACAGGAGUACACAGCAUAGUACGAGUAGCAUGUACCACGACGCAUAGGUGCUAAAAUCGUAACCAUCCGAAACCAAUCGAUUAAGAGAUUCCAUAUCGAUGGUACCUCCCUUAGCUGCGAAUCGAAGCAAAUGCUGCGCUUGCCCGCGCUCUUUCGCCUGCCCUCGAAGCUGCGGCGCCGGGCCAGGCGUCGGAGGAUGAAUACCCUUAUGUUCCUACUACUUGUGCUUUUGCUGCUCCUCGUUCCUUUCUACGUUGUGUACAAACCCCCGCGGGCCCUCAUAUCCUAUUUUGCCCACCGCUGGCCCGACGUGUUAUGGGAAGUCCAAACCGACAAGAAGAUUGUCGCCCUCACCAUCGACGACGCCCCCUCCGAACACACUCAGGAGAUCUUGGGCGUUCUCAACGGCCAUGAAGCCACAGCUACAUUCUUCGUCAUAGGCGGCCAGGUCUCCGGUCGCGAGGAGACCCUGGCGGAUAUCGUGCGUAGCGGUAGUGAGCUGGGCAACCAUGCCAUGCACGACGAGCCAUCGCGCGCGCUGCCCGACGAGGAGCUCGCGACGCAAAUCGAGACGGUGCGAGGGAAGAUCCAGCAGGCGUACAUCACGGCAAACGGCGAAGAAAACACGGUGAUGCCGCCGCAGUACUUCCGGCCGGGAUCGGGCUUCUUCAGCGACCGGAUGCGCAGCGUCGUCGCGAAGCUCGGGUACAGGAUGGUCCUCGGCAGCGUGUACCCACACGACCCGCAGAUCAGCUUCGCUUGGCUCAACGCGCGCCAUAUCAUCAGCAUGGUGCGGCCGGGGGCCAUCAUCAUCUGCCACGACCGCAGAGGCUGGACCGCCCCCAUGCUGCGCACGGUCCUGAAGAGGCUCCAGAAGGACGGGUACCGCGUCGUCAGCUUGAGCGAGAUGCUCGCCGAGACGCAGCAUAAGCGCUGAGAGAAUUUGGCGUUGCUUACUAGUCUGAUCCUAAUAAAGGGCGGACUUGUUUGAAAGAAUAUGGGGUGGAAGGGAGAAAGAGGUGAUAAUAACACCCGCGUAUCCACCUAAGCCCCUGUUAUAGCGCACCGCUUCGACGAUUGCUCGCUCGUAGAGGCAUCUAUCCUGUCUGGUAGGGAUCUUAUCUUCUACCUCAGGUACCCCUCGACGAAAACUAAGGCACUGCUGAUGCCAUUGCCUACAUCACUCCGUGUCGCGUGUUGAUGGAAACGCUGGGCUGGCUGCGUGUAGACGAGGCCGGAAUCUCUCUCGAUUAGUAUAUAGGUACGGCAUACGAAUAUAGACACCCAUUUGUAUAAGUACUGGGUACUGGGCGCUGUGCAUACAUAGAGGAAUAGCUGAUGCUACAUAAUGAAAUGAAUAUAUCUAAGGAAUAAAUUAUAUUAAUUCCGUUCUUGAAA